UUUGUCUUUUCUCCCUCCCCCAACGUAAGGCAAGAAAUGGAUGUCCUUUGUUUGCCAACACUCAAGAGAACUAGCCUGCCCUGAAGUCAAAACAACCAACCUAUGAAAGCUGGAGGGUUGGGCUUUUUCCUUUCUUUUUUUUAAAGGUCUGAAUGAGGUGAUGCUGACAGCUGAGAAGCAGGUCAGUCAAGUUUUGGGUGCUCUAUUACACAAGCAAGACACAGCCAGCCCCACUUAAUUUUGUUUCUCUGGCACCCUCAUGCUCAGUGGGACAUCGGUACACUUAACCCAUCUGCCUUCUCUAAUGCACGGCGACUCAUCCAAACCAGAACAGCUGUGAUAUAUUUCAGUUCCUGUUUGUAAACACUUCUUAGACUUGAAGAUUCUCCUUAUUAACACUGAUAUCAAGGAAGGAAGGCUACAAUGUUGAUCUCAGCCCAAAUUGUGCUGAUUUCAACUUUGUUUAGUUCACUGCUAUUUGGAAGCCAUGGGGAAGAAGGUCCAGAAAUGAACACAACACAAAGCACUGUAGAAGGCUUAAAAACAAGGGGAAAUCAAUCUGUGCCUUUGGAAAGUAUAGCAAAUUUAACCUCAGAUAAAGAAAACAGAGAAACCUCCAACCCCAAGGCAAGUAAUUCCCCUCUUGGGGAGCCAUCAAAUAAAACCCAUGGAACAGGUUUCUACCAUAAUCUGUCAACAGACAACCUUUCCAGGGGUCCGAGACCCACGCCCACAUUUUCCCCGAGCCCUCCCUUGAUCCACAGCUUUGUUUCUAAAAUGCCUUGGAACUCAUCUGUAGGGGAUAAGAAUCCUCUGCCAGCCUCAGCACCUCUCAAUGCUACAUCCACAGUAUCUUCCGAAAAUUUCACUUGGUCUCUGGUCAAUGAUACCAUGAAAGCUCCGGACAACAGUUCCAUGACAGUCAGCAACCCCCCUGCAGCGCCAAACACCACUUCUGUGACCUUCCUAAUAACGGAAUCAGACGGCUGGCCUACCACAACCGGAGACAGCUUGGUGGGGUUUACCCCCUAUCCAGAAACAACUUUACGGCCCACCUUGAAAUUCACCAACAACUCAAAAAUCUUUCCAAAUACAUCAGACCCCCAAGAAGAGAACAGGAAUACAGGAGUAGUAUUCGGGGCCAUUUUAGGUGCUAUCUUGGGUGCUUCGCUACUUAGUCUUGUUGGCUACUUGUUGUGUGGAAAAAGGAAAACAGACUUGUUUUCCCAUCGGCGACUUUAUGACGACAGAAAUGAACCAGUUCUGCGGUUAGAUAAUGCACCUGAGCCUUACGAUGUGAGCUUUGGGAAUUCUAGUUAUUACAACCCAACAGUGAAUGACACAUCUACGCAGGCAGCCCAAGAAAAUGCACGGGAUGGCAUUCCUAUGGAUGACAUACCUCCACUUCGUACUUCAGUGUAAAAAACUAAGGGGAAAAAGGCUUCAG